GAAUGAUUUGUUUCACACAUUCAUUCGCAAAACAAACAGUUACGAGCUGGUGACGAGUCCAUCGGAGAAUAACAGUACAGUGUGUUUUGUUUACGUUCGUAGUGGGGUUAGAUUUGCUAGUAAAUAGUCGGCUGGCGUAAUUUUGUGGUCUGCUAUUUCUUCAAUAUGUGUGGAAUUUUCUGUUUUAUUUCAAAAACUAAUUCGAUAGAAUUUGGCGAAUGUGUGUUACAACAGUGUCAGCAUUUACUGAGCAACAGAGGUCCAGAUAAUGUUGGAACGGUAACAUUCGACAACCGUGUUCUAAUGUGCGCCACAGUUCUGUGGCAACAGGGAUCAGAGAUCACCACCCAGCCAGUGGAAUCCGAUAGAUUCGUUUUACUUUUCAAUGGAGAUUUGUUUAUUGAACGAGGUGAAUUAUCGGCCAGUGACACGCAGUGGCUGCUGGAGGAGAUAGCAUCUGCGGUGACCUGUUUGGAUGACCUAGCGAAUGUAUUCAAAGGUUUAAAAGGUCCUUUCAGCUUAAUUCUGCUAGAUAAAUGCCUUCGUAGAGUAUACUUUGCAAGAGACAGUCUUGGCAGGAAUUCUCUUCUGCUGGGGCAAUCAGACGAAGGAUUCACAAUUGCAAGUGUCACUGGAAACACUCAAAUGGAUGUUGUAGAAAUUCCACCAUCUGGCAUCUAUUACAUAGACCUGAACAGCGAUGUAAAUACAAUUAAUAUGCUACCUUGGAAACGAUCUGAAAAUGAUGAUAUCAGCCCGCUGAAUGUUAACCAAAAGUUCCUAGAGCUUCCGUGGAUGGUGAAAGAUGAACGAGAGAUUUAUUUCAAUUACCAUCAAAUAUUGCAUCAUACUUCAUCAGAAGGCGAACUAUUUGAUUAUCUGCUAAGCAAUACAAUCGUUGCUGGACUUUGUGAUCGACUGUUAAAAAUUCUAGGAGAAUCGGUUGAAGAAAGAGUUCUUAAUACACCGAGCCACUGCAAGCAAUGCAUGGCAUCGAAAACUUCUUGCAAGCAUUCCCGAGUUGGCGUGCUGUUUUCUGGUGGUAUCGACUGUACUAUUCUAGCACUGUUGGCGGAUCGGUUUGUGUCCUCGGAUGUUCCUAUAUGUCUGUUAAAUGUGGCGUUCGAGAAAAUCAUUCGUCCGGGUAAUCCCAACUUCAAGAAAGCGGACAGUACUAGUAGUACUGAAAUCGAUUGGGAUGUUCCCGACCGAAUUACAGGGCGCAGCACUUGGAAAGAACUUCAGCAACUGAGGCCUGCUCGAGAAUGGCAUUUCGUUGAAAUAAAUGUAACCCGUAAGGAGCUCCAAAACUACAAAGAUCGGAUAUCGAACCUGGUUUUUCCCCUCAAAUCCGUACUGGAUGAAUCACUGGGAGCUGCACUGUGGUUUGCAUCACGUGGUGAGGGUUUGGUGAACAAUAGCUAUUAUAAGAGCACAUGCAGGGUAAUGCUACUAGGUUCUGGUGCGGAUGAACUAUUCGGCGGAUAUUCAAGACAUCGAGUAGCAUUCAACCGUAGCUUUGCUUCAAAAGACAGCCAACCCACUGAGGAGGAAAUUCAAACAGGUUUCAGUAAUUUAAUGACUGAAUUGGACUUGGAUUGGAAUCGACUACCCAGCAGAAAUCUCGCUAGGGACGACAGAAUUAUAGGAGACCAUGGCGUUACACCAAGGACACCUUACCUGCAGGAGGAUUUUAUCUCUCUGGUACAAAGUUUGGAAGCAGAACAGAGAUGCUAUCAUCCAUUGGGCGAAGGCAUUGGUGAUAAAUUGACUCUGAGACUGUGUGGUUAUCGGCUAGGCCUUCGCACGUCAGCCACACUUCGGAAGCGAGCGUUGCAGUUUGGCUCCAGAAUAGCAGACCGGAAGCAAAACGCCAAUGAUAAGUCCAGUUUUCUUGGCACAUGAUGAAUUGUGGCUAACAAAGCGUUGUUAUAUUAGUACCGAAAAUAAAUCCCCUCACUUUUCUGCA